AUGUCUGACGAGGCUGCAUUAUCUGCCGCUUUAAGUGAUUUAGCUGAUUGCGAAGAGGAUGUGGAAAAGGCUGAAGAAGAUAUUGAGCUGUAUCGGUUGAAAAAACUCGCACCACUUUAUCUCCAUAGGGAUGAGAUUAUUCAAAAGAUUCCUGGCUUUUGGCGUGUUGUAUUAUCUCAACAUGACGAAUUUGCUGAUCACAUCAAAGCAUCUGAUUUCGAAUACGUAGACGCAAUCAAAAGUAUCACUGUGCAUUGGAAGACGUUUCAGGACUACGAAAUUGAGUUUUCAUUUAACGCAAUUGAAGGUAAACUGAAGGACCAGACCAUUAGGAAGCAUUUUUUGCUGAAGGACGAGCAGCUGACAAGCGAACCGGUCGACAUCGGUGUUCCGGCCACGGCAGAAAGAAAGAGCUUUGUUGAUUGGUUCAAUUGGACUGGGGUUUCGAAUGCGAAGGAGUUCCCGGACGGUGGUGAACUCGCAGCCUUAUUCAGUGAGGAUAUCUAUCCCUACUGUGUAAAAUACUACACCGAAGCGCAGCGAGACGUUGAAGACGAAGAAAGCGCUGGCAGUUCCAGUGAAGGAGAAUUAAUUUUAGACUAG